AUGAACUCGAACCGGUUUUCCCAUGUCAAAGGAUUCAUCUCAGCUCAGACACGCGAGAUAUCGUCUCCAUUAACAACUAACUCUAAUGCUGACAAUAUCUCCCUUUUUGAAAAACACAAGAAACGCGCCAUCAAGAAACUUAAUGCGCGGCGCAAAGCUCUUUUUAGUAACAUCUUUAUGAACCAAGCAAUCAACCACAUCUCUUUCCAGUUCCUUGACAUUGAAAACAAGUCACUCAAAUUCAUUAACAGAUCAGCCCUUGCCCAGAUAGAAUGCUUAUCCAAUUUCACUCCUGAAACUCUCAAGAAAUAUUACACCUUUCGCUACAGCGCCAUACCCCAUCACAAGCUCCUCAAAAUAACAACCAUUGUUUUGGAAAGCGGCCAACUCAAGGACGUUCAACUCAGUGAAAAACUAAACGCGUUGCUUUCAACAUAUCAACGCCAGUUUGCACGAAAUAAAACCCAACGUAAAAUUACAAGACAUCUUAAAAAUAGUCUUACAAAUAAUCCGGCAAUGCGUCUCAGCGGUGCACUCUUGCUUCCCAACACUGAGCUAAUGCAGGUCAUUGGUCAGGUACGAUCUCAAGCCGCAAUCACUGCCGCAAAAGUAGCAAGAGUCCAGGAAAUUUCCAAAGUUUCCAGUACUGGAAUUAGUAGCAAUGAAAGCAGAAAAGAAGAAAACAAUCAAAACAAGAACUCUUGA